AUGCUUUUAUUUAUUAAGAUAGCCGAUUCCAUAUUCCGAAAUACAGAUUUCGAUGGAGACGGUUUGAGAAAUGACGUUGCAUUCACUGUUGACAAAAUUACUAUACUCGAAAGUAAAAAUGAUUCCGAACUACUCUUCGGCACAGAGACUAAUGACUACAAAAUAUUUCUACAGAACUUAUCCAAGUAUCGUCAUCCGUAUUGUAUGUUAAUCUGCUUCAGUCACAGAGAUUUCUGGAAUUACUCGCAAUGCGCAGUUUCCAAAGUCAACAAGAUUGGAGGAAUCUGUUCUGAUUCCAAAGCAUCGGAAAUUCAUCAAUUGGGACACGCAUUCGGUUGUCACCACGAUCCCGAAAAUAAUCGAUUUUGUAGUCCCGGAGAUAUCGAUCCGAAACAAGGCAAUUAUAUCAUGCACCCGAAUAUAUCUUAUGGUGUGUUUCAAAAUAAUUGGCAGUUUUCUACUUGUUGCAAAAAUACGAUAAAGAAUUUCUUUAGAACUUCAAGAAUAAAGAAUUGUCUAAUGAGAAGAGAAUUAUCGACUUGUGGAAAUGGAGUUGUAGAAGAAGGAGAAUCGUGCGACUGCGAUUCUUCGGCAGAAAACUGUACAGCUGUUGAAAAAUGUUGUACACUUAGUGUACAAUCAUCGCGGUGUACAGUGAGAGAGGGAAUGACUUGUUCUCCUAGUAAAGGACAAUGCUGCGACGAUAAUUGUAAUAUUAUUGAAUCUGACAGAAAACGGAGGUGUUUCAGUAAUAUGGAAUGCUUUAACGUUACCACAAUUUGCGAUGGAGUUUCUGCAUUUUGUUCUGCAGUGAAACAACCGGAUGGUACGCCUUGCAGACAAAAUUCUGGAACGUGUAAUAAAGGACUAUGCAACAGCAACGUCUGUCGCGAUCACAAUAUGAAACUUUGCCAAUGUAAGAGCAGUCGUUUCGAAUGUCACAUUUGCUGUAGGAAUGAAACGAGUAGGUGCCAAACUGCUAAAGACUUGCAGUUUUUUCCAUCCGAAGACGAAUUCUACGUGAAAAUGCCCGGAACUUCCUGCGAUAAUAAAUAUGGAGUAUGCACAAGAAAUGGAUCUUGCGUACGUAAAAAACUAUGGAAGAUGUAUAAUACGUGGAAUUAUCUGACACCUUUACCCUUUAUAUUACUUAUUGUUGGUGCUAUAAAUUGUUUUCAAAGUCAAAAACACAGGAAACCUAGUAUACUGCUAUUAGUUGAAAAACAGCGUUUAAAGAAAAAAAAUAAAAAACGAGAACGUACACGAAAAGUAAAAAAGAAAAUAAAGAAUAUAAGAAAGAAUGUCGAAAAAAAUGUAAAUAACUUUAAUACAUAAGAAAAUAAUUUUUAA